UGGCUGCAGUUAUAUGCAGCAGCCUUCGCGUGGACCGACAGUGUUGUUGAUCAUGUGCGUGAGUGGAGACGAGCGUCCCUGCUUGUAGAACACAGUAUCACGGAUUCCACAUCCGGCCAUUAAUUGUUUCAUCGAUACUAAUUUCUCUGACGAGGACAUAUGUCACAAAGUUCAGGAUUGACGUUACGGUGCUAAUGUUUUCUGUGAGAAGCUAAUCAUUGAUGUCUGUUGUGAACUUUUCCAGCAUGUUCGUUGGAAGCGUCACAGCAGCUCUUGAGGACCUUGACGUUGUUUUUGUCGGGGUGUCUGGCAAGUUUGUAACUUGAUUAUCCUGAUUAUCAAGGAUUAUCCUUUCCUCAUCAGUGAUGCCGUGGACAUGUACGGCUUGUGACUGAUACUGCUUCAGCUUAAACAGCGUAAGGAUUACAAUUAUGGACGAGGAAUUAGACAUCGUUCGGGUGAGUGUGUCUGUCACUCUGUUGGUUUUCGUCAUCGUUGGAAAUGUGAGACUCUUGGUUUACUGUCAGCGGACUCUACCCAGCACCUUAACCCUCAAGAACGCUCUACCCGUGCUCUGCGUGUCUUCCUUUCUUGCAGGCGUCAGUGGACUGUCCGGAGUGCUUAUGUCAGCAUGGAAAGAUGGUCCACUACAAGGAACAUUUUCUUGUGAAGUGUUUGCCACGUUUGACCACGUAUUUGCUGGAGGAGCGAACUGGAUGUUGGCUAUCAUUGCUGUAGAGAGAUAUCUUUUCGUACGGGCACCUGCUGAGCAUUCAUCCACAUUCUCCGUCCGCAACCUGAAGAUCCUCGCAGCGGGCUUGUACAUCUUACAAAUCAUGAUGGCGGUGGGGCCCUUCUAUGGACUGGGUGAAUAUUCUGUGUUCCGGGGAAAGCUGUCACUAUUUGUAACGCUGAACGCCUCAUCAGUGCCAGCCGACGACGAAAAAUGCACGCUGGAGACGUUGAUGUCGACGUUGCGAGGGACGUACUUCAAGCUGAUGCCGAAACACGUUCCUGACCCUGUAUUCGUCUCGACUCACUACCUCUCGUCAGUCUUUCACGUGAUUGUCGCGCGAUCUCGCUGGGUUGAUGAUGGAAUGUUGUUUCUAAUGCGCAUGCCCAACACGACAGUAAUGGAUUCAUUCUGGGAGGAAUAUACAUCCGGGUCUGUGUGUGAGACGAUAAGUACGAUUGUGUACUCGAAACCUGUGGUCGAAAUCCUUGGUCCGCACAUCCCGGAAGUAGUUUGUGUGAUGAACCCUAGUGAUUAUUCCAUGUUGAGGAACAGUUAUCUCCCUUCACAAGAAAUGGGCGUGUGUGCCGGUGACUUCACUUCCGUCAACCAACACAGUGACAUAUGGAUGGCGUACAACGUCCUCCUUACUGCUCUCCUGCCUUGCGCAGUAGCCCUUCUUUGCGGCAGCGCCAUCUGUAUUCGCGAGUUCCGGUUAGGAGGCGCUGUGGACAAAGCUUCACUUCGUGAUGAUCUACACUUUUCUAAAGCGUUGACGCUUGUUUCGUGGCUAUCUUUUGGAACUCAUCUUGCGUUCAUUGUUAUCAAUAUUUUAUUUGCCAGAGGGACACACUUCUCCCCUACGACAUUGCUAGGUAUGACGUAUCUUGUUCAUAUUAACCGAUUGUCUCUGUAUAUCAUCUGGUGCAUGGUGGAUGGGACGCCCUUCAUUAUCAUCCGGAAAAUUGGAUGUAACAUUCUGCGCGUGUGCACAACGGCAAAUGGAGUAUUCAAAUCGGAGAGUAAUACAAGCAGAUCUUUUAAUUCUCAAGCAGCAACACCAGUGUCGGUGUGACCAAUCUUAUCUCUAAACACCACCCGUCCCCUCUACUUCCCCCUGUCCCAUCGAACCUCGGACUCCUCUCGCGCAAGAAUAGACACAUAAACAAAACACACACGCACACACGAACACACGCACCACACUCUUCCAAGUGAUGUGAUCUUGGCACUGGUGACGCAGUUCUCUAAGGCAACGCAACGUCGAGUUGCGUCCCUUUGACGAGCCAGAAACCUAUGCCUGUUUGCUCAAAUCACAUAUUCGCCCUGAUUGUUCGACUCGGCCUGUCAGCACCAGACACGGGCUGUCACCAAAAUGAAGUCCAAAACCUUCUGAACUUCUUUAACUACUGCCCCAAACUCCAAACCCCAAACCUUACCGCCUCGCAUUCCCUCAGUCUUUCCGUACCAUGAAUAUAAAACACAUUUAAUGAAGUCACACAUUGUACUCUCAAACAUACUGCAUAUUUACACACCUUGAUAUAACUGUGAUCAACUGUCAAGUUGACGGGCCCAAUGUUGCCUGUGGAUCGUCAAACGCCAUAGUCAAUGACGUUACCGGUGUUAAAACUAAUCACGAUGAAGAAGCAGUGUUGUGAACGCUGAUCGAAAGCUCUGUGAUGUUUGAUUCUUGCUCAACGCUCAGUCAUUGUGGGGAUUGUGACGCAGAUUGUGUUUAUUUUCAAUGCCAGGGCUGGACGAGAUUGUAAAGUAAUCAUGUAAAGUCCCUCAGAGUUAAUUACAGCCCUCUGAGAACGUGCGGUUGUCGAGUUGAUCGCAUGGUUUCGUUAAGAUAAGACAGACUACGUCUAAUGAAAUCAAUGCUACAGACAUAUUACGAUCGCAUACAUCUUUGCAACUUGUUUCAAAGCGAAGUUGCAAACAAUACAAGUUCAUGUGUUUUCUUCUUAAUGUAAUAAAAUAUAAUUUUUUGUUA